GGUUUUCUUUCGCGCCGCCAACUUUCCGAUUCCUGUCAUCUUCCACACUCUUUCCUCUUUGCCACUUUGUAUGAACUCGUCUUCUUGAUCGCAUCGAGUGACAGGAGAUCCUCUUGCUCUCUCUCUGUCACUCUUUCCUUUCUUCCCGUGCAACAAAGUGUUCUCACUACGACUUCCUUUGCUUACUUUGCAGGUCGCCCGGCAGACCGACUCGCCUCUUCGUCAUUCCGCAUCCUUCGCAUCGCUCGAGCCGGGUUCUUCGCUGCGACAGAUAUCCUCCAUGGCGUCGGAAAGGUUGGAUUCAUCAGAAAGUCACGCCCAUGACCAUGGCCGUCGCGACAGCACUCCAUAUGCUGCUCGCGGUGGCCUGGCAGCGGGUUCGGGCUGGUUUCCCUUAGGAUACAGAGAAGGCUUCAGUCAAUGGUGGGCUAGUAUCCCGGCUGCUGUCGCAGAGCACAAGGUGCUCUCCCAUCUACCAUAUUUGCAACGUACACCCCCGACGCAUCAACAGACAGGUAAAACGACAGACGCAACGGAUGGAACGGUCGACAGUUUGCAACAUACAGACACCAGUCAGCAGAGCGAAGUGGCCGCCAGUUCCCUCGGUGAUCCGUACGGGCCCCGUCGAUGGAAGUCCAGCAUGGUCGAGUUGAGUGGCAAGGACCGCGCGCUCAACGAAUUCUCGGUAGAACGACUUGGGGAAGAGGCUGAUCAACAUUUGGUUAUGCUACAUGGAUAUGGUGCUGGUUUGGGAUUUUUCUACAAGAACUUCGAACCGUUGAGUCGGCUCAAAGGAUGGCAACUGCAUGCGCUGGAUAUGCUGGGCAUGGGUCGCAGCACCCGCCCCUCGUUUCGUAUCAAUGCCAAAAAGCGGGAAGAUGCGAUCAAGGAGGCUGAGGACUGGUUUGUGGAUGCCCUGGAGGAGUGGCGCAUCAAGCGCAAGAUCGAGCGCUUUACCCUUCUUGGCCACAGUCUUGGAGGAUACAUGGCCGUUGCCUAUGCGCUCAAAUACCCUGGUCGUCUGAACAAACUCAUUCUUGCCUCGCCCGUGGGUAUCCCUGAAGAUCCCCAUGCCGUGACCGCUGAAAUGCCCGAGCCAUCAGAGUCGACUCUGCCCAGCGAAGUCACCCAGGAUCAGCAGCGCACCACAACCGCGGCCGUCACUCCUCCCCUUCCGGGGGAAUUACAAAAGGGUGACAAUAAUGUCCUUCUCAAGGGUUCUGCGAAUGCUACGGGAGCCGCCACCACGGCGCCGAGCGGUCCACCUCGUCGAACGCUUCCCAAGUGGUUUGCCUACCUCUGGGACCAGAACAUCUCACCUUUCACGCUCGUGCGCUGGGCAGGUCCCUUUGGACCGCGAAUUGUCUCCGGCUGGACGUCGCGACGCUUUUCGCAUCUUCCCGCUGAGGAGGCUAAGUCGUUACACGACUAUUCUUACUCCAUCUUCAGUCUUCGAGGCAGUGGGGAGUAUGCACUGGCAUACAUUCUCGCCCCGGGAGCAUUCGCUCGCAGUCCUCUGAUCAGACGCAUCCAGGACGUUGGACGACAGAUGAUCCAGCCUUCUUCAUCCUCUCCGAACUGGGAGCCGGCCGAAGUGACAGAUGCUUCGCAGGUCCCAUCUCCUCGGCCAGCUUUAAGCCAACCUAAUGACGCACCGACGAGUCGUACCGAUGGCCAGUCUACGCUCAUCAAACGCGAGAACGGCAUCCCAGUAGUCUUCAUGUACGGAGACCAUGACUGGAUGGAUGCCGCAGGCGGCCUGGCAGCUAAACACAAGAUCGAAGAGGAGAGACGACGGAUUCUACAAGAUGCCACCGCGGAAGAGCGCAAGGCAGAUAACGGCUCAGCCAAGGUGGUAGUUAUCAAGAGAUCUGGACACCACGUCUACUUGGACGGACAUGAAGAGUUUAACAAGACGAUCUUAGAGGAGAUGGAAGAUGUUAAUCGGAAGGAGAGAGACAGGAGACCGUGAGUAUAGAUUGUACCAUUUCAGGAAGAUGAUAUAUAUGUGUUAUGGUAAUGAGUUGGGAUUGUAGUUUUGUCUGUUUGGCUUUGGUUUGUUUCUAUACGUGUACAGGAUGCAUAUAUAAUAUAGACAAUAAAUAUGCUUCUACACAACAUGCUGC